AUGGUGGUUCCGGAAGUAAGCCAACAGCUGUUAGCAGAACUUGAGGAAAUGGGAUUUCCCAAAGAAAGGGCUGUUCGUGCACUUCAUUUUUCUGGAAAUAGUAGCCUUGAGGAUGCAGCAAAUUGGAUAGUUGAACAUGAGAAUGACCCAGAUAUCGAUAAAAUGCUAUUGGUACCUGUUAGUUCCAAGCAACCUCAGGCUCCAAAGCCAUCUCUCACACCAGAAGAGAUUAAGCUGAAACAACAAGAAUUAAGGGAACGAGCUCGCAAGAAGAAAGAAGAGGAAGAAAAGCGAAUGGAAAGAGAAAAAGAGAAGGAAAGAAUUCGAGUUGGAAGGGAGCUGCUUGAAGCAAAGCGUAUUGAAGAGGAAAAUGAAAGAAAACGUAUACUAGCCUUGCGGAAAGCAGAAAAAGAGGAAGAAAGAAGAGCUAGGGAGAAGAUUCGUCAAAAGUUGGAGGAAGAUAAGGCUGAAAGAAGAAGAAAACUUGGGUUGCCCGUGGAGGAAUCAUCUGCUGCAAAAUCUUCUGCUCCAGUGGUGGAGGAAAAAAAGAGCUUCCUUCCUGUCCGACCAGCUACAAAGGCAGAGCAAAUGAGGGAGUGCCUGAGAACACUUAAACAGAAUUAUAAGGAUGAUGAUGCAAAAGUGAAGACGGCUUUCAACACGCUUUUGACUUUCGCAAAGAAUGUGGCAACGAAUCCGAAUGAGGAGAAAUUUCACAAAAUUAGAAUCACGAAUGCUAAUUUUCAGGAGCGAGUUGGAAAACUGAAAGGAGGCAUAGAGUUUCUUGAACUGUGUGGUUUUGAGAAAAUGGAAGGGGGAGAGUUUUUGUAUCUUCCUAGAGAGAAAGUUGAUAUUGCGGUGCUCCACUCCGCUGGAAGAAUCAUUCUGGAAUGGACUCACUCGGCAGCCCCUGCCGCUGCACCCAACCAGACGACCUCAGCAACUUUCGGCGAAACCCUCGACGGCGAUCGACCACCAUCUGCCGCCCCUGACGAGAAACCCUCCUCCGCCGUCGCAGCCUCCUUCUCGGCGACCCCAUCCGUUGUCGAGAAAGAACAGAGAUCCGUCCGGAAGGAGCAGCCCUUCGUGGCCGUGCGAGGAGAGCAGCGGCAUCCCUUCGACCCUUGCUGCUCUUCGCGUGGUUGCUACCCGUCGUCCAGCAGUCCCGUGAGCCGUUUCCGGCGAGAAGCAGCCACCACUCCCGGCGAGAUCGUUAACUGCUGUUCGCGUGACCAAGUACUGUCCCGGGCCCUUGCUGUUCGCGCCGCUGCUGCACUUCCCUUCCGGCGAGACGCGAGAAUCCAUCGAGCCCCGUCGUUCCGUCAACCCUCGUUCGUCCUGUUUUUCGAACGUUUCCCGAGAACGGUACCGACGACUUAA